UCUUAGGAGAGCUAUGUCGAUCUCUCCCACGGAUAUACUGUUGGUAGUGAGUAGUGUGGACGAAGGACUGCUGGGACAUCAACGUGAUUAGAAGCAUCAGCUUUACAAAACUCUCCCACCCACGGAACUCUUCGCUGUCACGUCUCACAAUCGAUUCUACUCCUGAAUUUGUAAACCAUUUCUCAACCAAUAUGACUGUAACACAGAAUCAGAUCCAGUACUCUCACGAUGAGAGUCUGGAGUUUCCAUUCCUGCCACCGUUUCCCAAGGACGUUCCCAUCGCUCCACUUUUGCGCAUCAGUCUGAAGAAGCUCCUGGCCCAUGACUCCACAGAGGAGGAUAAUCUCUUCCGUGCCUGCCGUGAGCUUGGUUUCUUCUAUCUCGAUGUCGGCAGUGCCGCAGAUGAUGAGACGAUCGAUGGCAAAUUGCUUUUGAAGGAUGUCGACUCGCUUUUCGACUUGUCAGAAGGCAUCUUCAAACUCCCUACAAAGGAGAAGCAAAGCUAUGACUUCAACGACGAGCACUCAUACUUCGGAUACAAAGGCGUCGGUGAUGGCAUCAUCGACAAGGAAGGGAAUCCCGACCGGAAUGAGUUCUGGAACGUCUCAAAGAACGACAUUCUUGGCAUCUCGGAUCCUAUCCCCAACCCGGAAGUCCUGAGGAAGGAAGAGAAUCGAGCGCUGGCAAAGUCGUACAUCUUGCGAUCACACGCCGUCGUCACACUCAUCCUUCGAAUCCUGAACGAUCGUCUCGGUCUGCCAGAGGGAACGCUGCAGAAGCACCAUCGCCUGAACGCCAUCAGUGGAGAUCAGGUGAGGUGGGUGCGCUUCCCACCCCAAAAGAUGGACGAGAAGCAGAUCGCGUUCGGCGAACACACAGACUUCGGUACCUUGACUCUCUUGUUCAACCGUCUAGGCGGUCUGCAGAUCCGUCUUCCGGGCGAAACCGAAUGGGAUUAUGUGAAGCCGCUCAAGGGUCACUGCGUUGUCAAUAUCGGUGAUGCUCUCGUCAAGUUCACUGCCGGUGUACUACGAUCCAACGUAAGUCACUUCAUGAUAUUAGACCAAAAGGAAGGAAGCUAAUCAAUUCAGAUCCAUCGGGUUGUUUCACCUCCGGGCGAGCAAGAGAGUUAUGUCCGCGACAGCGUCGUCUAUUUCAA